UGCUCUGCUCUCUCACGCGCACGUAGAAGCGGCCGGCUGUCUCCCCGGGUGUCUCUCCGGUUGUCGCUCCGGUUGUCGCUCCGGUUGUGUCUCCGGUGCUGUCUCCGGUUGUGUCUCCGGUGCUGUCUCCGGUUGUGUCUCCGGUGCUGUCUCCGGUGCCGUCGGGCGGUGGCAGGAGGCGGAGGAGGAGCGGGCUGACGGAGCCAUGCUGUCGCUGAGCUGCACCGACCCGUGGCCUGAGGGCUCCGUGGGGCUGGAGGAGGAGGAGGUGGUGACCGCGGCCGCGCAGGCGGAGGAGCGGGACAACAACAGCAACAACAACAACAACAACAUCAACAUCAACAACAGCCUCUGCAGCUCCGUGACCCUGGACGACAGCCUCACCAGCCUGCAGUGGCUGCAGGAGUUCUCCAUCCUCGGCGCCAACGUGCCGCCGCGCGCGCACCACCAGCAGCACCUGUUCGGCCAGCACCGGCCGCCGGGCGCCGACGCGCCGGCCUCUCCGCUGGCCGCGGACCCCGCCUCCAUCGGCGGGCCCCUGACCCCGGGGAAGCCCACGGCGGCGGCCUACAGCCGGAUGCAGUGCCUGCCGGGCAUCGUGGCGCACGGGCACUGCCCCGACGAGGUGGACUACAAAACCAACGGGCGCAUCAAGCCGCCGUACUCGUACGCGACGCUCAUCUGCAUGGCGAUGCAGAGCGGCAAGAGCGGCAAGAGCGGCAAGACGACGCUGUCCUGCAUCUACCACUGGAUCACCGACAACUUCUGCUACUACCGACACGCCGACCCUACCUGGCAGAACUCCAUCAGACACAACCUGUCCCUCAACAAGUGCUUCAUCAAGGUUCCGCGGCAGAAGGACGAGCCGGGGAAAGGUGGGUUCUGGAAGAUCGACCCGCAGUACGCCGAGCGCCUCCUGAGCGGCGCCUACAAGAAGAGGCGGAUGCCGCCGGUCCAGAUCAACCCGGCGCUGCAGAGCCGGCUCCGGUUGAACCUCCAGCCCCGGUCCGGAGCGGGGGCUCAGAGCGGCCUGGGCAUCAACCCCGAGGCCCAGAGGCUCCUCCGGGAGUUCGAAGAGGCGACCGGCGGCGACCAGAACUGGGACCCUCAUCUGGCCGAGGGGACCAUGCUGGGGUCCUGGCCCGUGGUGCGAGGACGACUCGGGCACAAGAGGAAGUUGGGCUCCAGAAACGGCGGCGCCAAAGCCCCGCGGCGCUCCAGCUCCCCGCUGCUCUCCACGGACGAGCAGAAGGAGAUCGGACCUCUGAAGGGCGACUUCGACUGGGACGCCUUGCUGGACUCGGCCCUCAACGGGGAGCUCAGCCUGGACGAAGGAGACCCUCUGAGCCCCAUCAUGCAGGAGGAGGACAUGACAGUGCGGGGGACCCACAUCUCUCCCGCCGACCUCCACGUGUUGGCGGAGACGCAGAGGAAUACCGACGGGUCGGACUUUGACGAGGAGACCUUCCUCGCCACCGCCUUCCUGGAGAGCCCCUGGCCGGAGGAAGAGGAGGAGCAAGGCCGCAGUGACUUCCUCUGCGGCUCCUCCGUGAACUUGGACCAGCUGUUUGACCUCGGAGACCCGCUGGGCGGAGACCCGAGCGCCCGGAUCGACGCCCUCCUCUGAGGAACCGUUGGUCCUCUUCCCCCCGGAGAACGUCACUGAGGAAUAACUCAGAAAACCCUUAUUGUAUAUUUGGAGAUGUAUUUGUUGGAGUUCCUUCUUGAUGCAACAAAACUAUGAAACUAUGAAACCGGGAGCGACUUCUGAGGGGAAUCUGUCUGGAUGGAAUAUUUGGUUGCAGAACCUCAGUGAGGUACGAGGAGAGCUGCAGGGAGGCCUGUAGUCCAACAGGAAGUCAGCCUCACUGGUCCCCUCCACAAACAGCCAAUGGGAUUGUUCCAUUGGGUUUUGGGGGAAUUUUGCCGAAAAUAAUCUCUGUGGCAAAAAAACGUGAAUGAUACUCACGUUUAUCGUAGCGAGCGGCCGGAGUUCAAAGCUAACGCGAGCUAGCUCCUACAUCUACUCAAGUAGUAAAGCCCGCCUCUAGUUUUAUUUGAUUGGCUGCCUGAAACAAGUAUGAAUCUUCUGGUUGUAUAUAAGUCUAUGCUUCAUGUAUUAAAGCUGCAUUCUCUCUCCUGACCACCAGGGGGCGACUCCUCUGGUUGUAUAGAAGUCUAUGCUUCAUGUGUUAAAGCUGCAUUCUCUCUCCUGACCACCAGGGGGCGACUCCUCUGGUUGCAUAGAAGUCUAUGCUUCUUCUUCACUCCAGCAUGAUGUUAGGGGUCAGGGUAUGCUUUAGGGCGGGGCCAUAUUAGGACCUCUUCAGUCCUAAUAUGGCCACUUCCUGCUCACUGGUUGAAAGAAACCAAGAUGGCGACGGACAGAUUGCUGAACUUAACGCUUCAAAACGUCCACAAACCAACGAGAGCUGUCAUCAGACUUUGUUUGUCCCAGUGGUCGUCUGUGGUACUACAACAAACAAAUCCCCUGCAGCCCCAAAAAGACCAGCGACAUGAUUGUUGUCAUUCGAACUUCCCCAGAGCCUCGAAAAGUGACUUUGGCUUCCGGGCCCUGCAGGAAGACGUCUGGUUUCCAUGGUGAUGUUUUCACGAUCGCUUCAUUAAACAGCAAAUCAACACAACGUGAACCUUUCCCCCCCGCGUGGGUGUGAACGGGCCUUGAACGCACCGCGGCCUCUGUUUACAUCAGUGAUGUCGUGUUCCGCAUGAGAACAACGGACAGACGUCAACAUAUCCGCCAAAUGUUUGUUGUGAUUUCCUGUUUGUUUGUUGUUGUUUGUGGGUUUCUUCUCCUUUUGGUACGAACUCGCCUUUGUUUGCGUUUUUUAAAGAAUAAUUAGAAGAAGUUGAACUAGAUUAAUGAUUGCCCUGCAGGAGGAAGUAGAGCUCAGGCGGUUCAUUUCAAGUAUUUAGUUUUUUAGCGAAGAAGUUAAAAAAAACGGCUCGAGGCGAAAUUCUCAAAGAACUUUGAAGAACGUUAAAGCUUUUUGACCUCGUCAAUGAACAGCCGACCUUCACUGUGCCAAGAGGGGGGGGGGGUACCUGGUGUCCUGAAGAACCUCCUGUUCCCCUCUGAAGGGUGUGGAACGAGGUCAGGGUUCCACUAUUCGAGGUCAGGGUUCCCCUGGUCAAUGUUGUUAGGCUUCCACUGGUCGAGGUUAGGGUUCCCCUGGUCAAUGUUAGUGUUCCCCUGGUCAAUGUUAGGGUUCCACUGGUCAAUGUUAGGGUUCCCCUGGUCAAUGUUAGGGUUCCACUGGUCGAGGUUAGGGUUCCCCUGGUCAAUGUUAGGGUUCCACUGGUCGAGGUUAGGGUUCCACUGGUCAAUGUUAGUGUUCCCCUGGUCAAUGUUAGGGUUCCACUGGUCAAUGUUAGGGUUCCACUGGUCAAUGUUAGGGUUCCCCUGGUCAAUGUUAGGGUUCCACUGGUCAAUGUUAGGGUUCCACUGGUCGAGGUUAGGGUUCCCCUGGUCAAUGUUAGGGUUCCUCUGGUCGAGGUUAGGGUUCCAAUGAUCAAUGUUAGGGUUCCACUAGUCAAUGUUAGGGUUCCACUGGUCAAUGUUAGGGUUCCACUGGUCGAGGUUAGGGUUCCCCUGGUCAAUGUUAGGGUUCCACUGGUCGAGUCAAUGUUAGGGUUCCCCUGGUCAAUGUUAGGGUUCCACUGGUCAAGGUUAGGGUUCCAUUGGUCAAUGUUAGGGUUCCCCUGGUCAAUGUUAGGGUUCCACUGGUCGAGUCAAUGUUAGGGUUCCCCUGGUCAAUGUUAGGGUUCCCCUGGUCAAUGUUAGGGUUCCACUGGUCAAUGUUAGGGUUCCCCUGGUCAAGGUUAGGGUUCCACUGGUCAAGGUUAGUGUUCCACUGGUCGAGGUUCGGGUGCCCCUGGUCAAUGUUAGGGUUCCACUGGUCAAUGUUAGGGUUCCCCUGGUAAAGGUUAGGGUUCCCCUGGUCAAUGUUAGGGUUCCACUGGUCAAGGUUAGGGUUCCACUGGUCGAGGUUCGGGUUCCACUGGUCAAUGUUAGGGUUCCACUGGUCAAGGUUAGUGUUCCACUGGUCGAGGUUCGGGUGCCCCUGGUCAAGGUUAGGGUUCCACUGGUCGAGGUUUGGGUUCCACUGGUCAAUGUUAGGGUUCCACUGGUCGA